AUGGCACCGAAAUGUUUCAUCACUAUGGGACUAAAGAAAGCCAAGCUCGAUGUGGUCACUCCAGAAGUUGGUGCAAAAACAUUCAAUGAUUUCGAAAUUGACGAAAGAUUGCUCAAGACCGUUUCCGGUGAGUCAAAAGGGCCGUUCGCGCUGUUCAUUGCACCUACGAAAGAGCUUUGCGUACAGAUCAACGACUUGCUGCUAAAAUUGCUUCAACCGUUGCCGUUCUUGCGAUCUCUGAACUUGGCUGACUUGACUUCAGACGAACGAUCUGUUUGGGAAAACGACACUGCCAACUUUGUCGUGUCAACUCCUGGGAAGAUACUUGAAGUGUUGGCCGUACGCCGACAUUUUUGUGAAGACGUUCGCCAUCUGGUUCUCGACGAAGCCGACCUUCUAUUAUCCUUUGGUUACGAAGACGAAAUGAGGUAUGCAUAA